CUUCAUCUUAUCAAGAAAGAAGCCGAUCGAUAGUGGCAGCGAGAAAGCGCACGCACCGAAGGCGAAGCAAGCAAGCAUAGAGAUCGACAUAACCCGACCGUAAUUUCCUACCUUGUGUCCCGCACCGAACAUAACAACAGCAUUCCUUACGAUGCUCGAUGAGGGCGGGGGUGGGACGCCGAGGGCACCACCCGGCGGCACUCACGUCACUUCCGGCAGCAGCAGGCGCCCGCCAGGCAAGCGCGUGCGCGGCAGUAGCGCUGCUGCUGCUGCUGCUGCUGCUGCUGCUGCUGCUGCUGCUACAGCACGCAGACCCGACGACGGAGGUGGGGUGGGUUAUCACGGCUGCAGCAGCAGCGGAGGAGGUGGACACGGCGGCAGCAGUGGCGGCGGCGUGGGCUACGGCAGUAGCCGCGGGCGGCAUGGCGGCCGAGCCGUGCCAGUGGGGCGGCGGGCGGUGCUGGCGGCAGUAGCAGCAGCCAUGCCGCUGCUACUGCUGGCGGUUGUGGCGGUCAUGCUACAGCCGCUGCCCGGAUGCGGCGGCGCGAUGGCGGCGCAGCUUCCGGGCGACGCCGGCGGCAGUAGCCGCAUCAGCAGCGUUGGCGGCGGCGGCCGCACCGGCAGCAGCACAGCUGGCAGUAGCAGCAGGGAGGGCACUGAGAAAAGCAGCAGAAGCAGAAGCAAAAGCAGCAGCAAUGGCGCUGUCCCAGGCAGCAGUGACACUGUGCUACUGCCGCCAAUGGCCCUGGAGCACCAGCGGCACCUGCAGCCGCCGCGGCAGCAACUGCCGCAUCCGCCGGCUGUAGCAGCACCGCCGCAGGCGCCAGAGGCUGUAGCAGCAGCGGUAAGGGCGGAGGAGGAGCAGCAGCAGGGGGCUAGCAAUGCUCCUGCAGCUUUGGUCGCCUCGGAAGCGCAGUUGCUGGCGGAGGUGGCGGUGGCGGCGGCGGAGCUGGCGGUGGAGGCGGCGGCUGUAGCAGCGGAGGCGGCGCAAAUGGCGGCGGCCGAGCUGACCACGGCUGCGGCUGUUGCGGCGAAGGAGGAAGAGGAGGAAGAUGACGGGGAUGCGGAGGGGGAAGUGCAGGCGGCAGCGGCAGCCAAGGCGGGGGCAACGGAGGCCGCUGUCACAGCGGCCGGUGGCUGGGGUGGGCCGCAGGAGGAUGAGGAAGCGGCGCCUGGCGCGGCGGCGGCGUCAGCGGCGGCGGGAGGCGGCGGCCGUGGGCUGUUGCAGGCGUCGAGGGCGCCCACCGUGAUCAGCCUCGGCCCGGGGAACGCGCCGGGGCCGCCGCAGCCGGCACCACAGCCGAAAGCUGCAGCCGCGGGGGCGGGUCAGGGAGCGGGCACGCCCACGGCAGCACCAGCAGCACCAGCACAAACCCCACCACCCGCACAAACACCACCACCAGCAGCCGCACCAGCAGCACCAGCAGCCGUGGGGACAGCGCCCUCCUUGGGGGCGGCGGCGGCACCCGCACCCGCUCCAACCGCGUCGCGUGCCGCUGCUGUUCCUCCAGCCCCCGCGCCCACGGCCGCUGCCACACCCACCAUCACCGCCACACCUGCCGCUGCAUCUCCCUCUGCUGCUGCUGCUGACGCCGCCUCUGCUACUGCCAUUCCUCUCCCCGCCGCCGCCGCCGCCACCGCUGCCACUGCCGCCACCGCCGUACCAUCUGUACCUGCUGCUGCUACUGCCGCUGCUGCGCCAAUUGCUGCGCCCGCCGCUCCCGUCGCCACUGCGCCCGUCGCAACCACAACACCGGCUACUGCCGCCUCCGCCGCCGCUGCUACUGCCGCCACUGUCCGCCUGACGGGACAGCGCUACACCAAGGACACACGUGCAGUGGACUCGGCGGAUGUCAUACUCAUCCGGCCGCCCCUGGUCACGCCCUCUCCGCCUGUGCCUCCCCAGUCCGCAUUCGUGUCCAUCCGCGGCCACCAGUUCAUUGACCCCGCCACCGGCCGCCCCUUCUACUUCAUCGGCUUCAACGCGCACUGGCUGCCCAACCUUGCCAACUUCGAACACGAGUGGGGGCGCACGCAGGCGGCGCACUUCAUGGCGUCGGCACAACGUCUAGGCAUGCGUGUGGGGCGCUGGUGGGCGUUCAACCGGGGACUGCCGCUCAACCCGGGGGAGUACGACGAAGACCAGUUCCUGGGCCUGGACUACUGUCUGUACCUGGCCUCCAAGUUCGGGCUGCGCGUCAUCCUGGCUCUCACCAACCUGUGGCCGCAGUACCGCGGGCCCGAGCACUACCUGUACAUGGCCACUGGCAGCGCGGAGGGCAAGACGGUGCUUGACUACUACCGGGACAGAUCCACACGCGAGCUGGUAAAGCGGCACUUUGACGUGAUGGUCAACCGGGUCAAUGCCUACAACGGCCGCCGCUACGGCGACGACCCAACCAUACUGGGGUGGGACGUCAUGAACGAGCCGAGGUGCCCGGGCUGCUCCCCCGCCGAGGUGGGCAUCAAGCUGGACUGGCUUCGCGAGAUGAGCGCCUACCUGCGCAGCAUUGACAGCCACCACCUCAUCACACAGGGCAGUGAGGGCUACUUCAUGCCCGACCCGGAGACCAACGCCCACCUGCUCAACCCGGGGGCGGGCGCGCAGUGCGAGGGUGAGGACUGGGUGGCGACUGUGUCGAUGAAGAAUCACGACUUCGCGUGUGUGCACGUGUACGAGCGACAGCUCGAGGCGCUGCCCUUCAACCCCGACCCCCGCCGCAACGACCCCACCUGGAAGAAGUGUGACUUCGUGUGCUACAUCAACUGGUUCACCCGCUACAUGGAGGCGCAUGUGGAGGUGGCGCGGCGUAUCGGCAAGCCGCUGCUGCUGGAGGAGUACGGCCUCACGUGGUGGCGGGAGUGGGAGUACGACCGGCGUGUGUUGCUGCAGGUGUCAUUCGAGCAGCUGAUUGACUCGGCGCGGGCGGGCGGUCCACUGGCAGGGGCGCUGUUCUGGAACGCCGCCGCCAACUCCACCGGGGACUACGACGGGUACAACGUGUAUAUUUCCCGGACCCCCAAGACCCCGGGGAAGCCCGCGCCCUUCGCCUACGGCCCCACACGCGGCUCCGUUUUCCCCGGCCCCAACCCCGAUGUCAGCAUGGUCCCCAUUCCCAUUCCCAGCCGCAGUAGCACCAGCAGCAGUAGCACCAGUGGCGCCGCGGCAGCAGGCGGCACUAGCAGCAGCAGCAGCAGCAGCAGCACGCAGACCCCUCAGCCGGUGUCGAAGCGCCCCACCGCAUCCGCCACCGCUACUGCCGCCGCUGCGGCGGCGGCGGAGGUUGCUGCUGCCGCGGCGGCUACAGCCGCCCUGGCGGCGCCUGCCCCCAAUGCCCUGCCGCUACAGCCGCCGUCAGCCCUGCUGCCGGCAGGGGCCACAUUGGCUGUAGCACCCACCGCCGCGCAAGUGGCGGCUGCCGCCGCCGCCGCUGCUGCUGCUACAGCUGCUACUGCAGCGGCCGCUGCCGAUGACCCGCUGGCGGCAGUAGCAGCCGUCAACCGGGUCAAGCGCCGGCGCCUCCUCGCCAGGCCCAGGGCUGUAGCAGCAGAUGCCGAGGCCGAUACCACUGAUGCCACCACCACCACGGCUGCUGAUGAUGCAGAGGGCAGCAGCAACGGCGCCGGCAGUAGCACCGUUGAUGCUACUGCCGCCGCCUCCGCCGCCUCUGGGGGCUACAUCCGCAUGUCGGACCUGCCUGACAGCGUCCACCCGGCCCUGCUGGAGCUGCUGGAAGGCGGGCGGCUGGGCGGACUGGGCGGGCCCGGCCCUGAUGGCGGCGGCGGCGGCGGCGGCGGUCCUGGCGGCGGCGGCGGCGGCCGUGGGCCGCGGGUGCGGCGGCAGACGCGGCGGCAGGCGAGGGAUGAUGGUGAUGACGAUGAGGAGCGGCGGGAGGGGCAGCGAGGAUGGCAGGGAGAGGACAGGGAGGAGGAAGAGGAGGAGGCGGAGGGUGGAAAGGCACUUGGCGGCGGGCCGGCAGCUGCCCGACAGCGGCAGCAGAGGCAGCAGCAGGAGAGGCGUGAGAGGCCGGAGCGGGUGGGAGGGGAGGAGGGUCGCCAGAGGGAGGCGCGGCGUGAGAGGGAGGAGGUUCGUGAGAGGGAGGAGGGUCGCGAGAGGGAGGAGGGGCAGGAGAGCCUGCCGUGGUGGCUGCUAGGUCAGCAGGAGGGGUUCGGCGGGCGGCGGCGGCGGCGGCUUCAGGAGGUGGUUGGGCAGAUUGACGCACUGGAUGGAUUCAGGAGGGCCUGGCAGAGGAACGACUGCGCCGUGCGCAACAGCGUGGUGUGGCGGCCGCCGCCCCUCCCCUCCCACGUCAACUACACCGCAUACCGCGACUACGUGGAGGGGCUGGACGCGGUGGACAUCAUCGCGUGGGCAACCGCCCAACUGCCCAACUGAACGUGCGGAAAGUACGGCAGCAGGCGGUUGGCGCUGGAUGAGCUAGAUAAGGGAGGGCCGCCCCAGUCUGUUUUGGUUCUGUUAUUGUGAAGAUAGGUGGGGUGGGAUGGAGGUGGAUGGAGGUGAGGGUUGGCGCUUGGCGGGCAAGGCGGGGUGAGCUGGUGAGAGCACGUGCAAGCCGAUCAACAAGCAUAUGCGACGCGCAACUUUUGUCGUGCAGGCAAGCGCGUGAAGCGUGGCCAUGAGGGAUUUCAGCAUGGAUCGUGGGCUGAUCGUGGAACAAUACUAGAGGGGUCCAUUAAGAACAGUUUGCAAGCGCCCCUUGAGUUAUUACGGGGGGUGUCGGGGGGCCGGCGGCGUGAGGCCGUGAGGGGGCCCGGGGCGCCGGGCGGUGUAUGGAUGUAUGGUACAGGGGCGUGGGGUAGGGAGCCGCUACUAGCUGCGGUGCCGGUGGUGGCGCCGGUGCGGGACGGAAGUGCCACGACGCCCAUGAGAAAUGCGUGCGGUGCGGCCUGGGGCAUGGCCCCGUGGGCGUUCAUGUGCGCAGGCCGUGCAAGGGGUGGGGGUGGGGGUGGGGGUGGGAGUGGGGUUGUCAAUAUCAGCCCAAACUAAACCAAACAAGCUAAACUAGCGGAGCACAGGCAGAAGCGUUAGGUGCCAGCGAUAAUAAUUGUGGGAGGGGGCCGAGGGGGUGCUGAUGCUGGUGUAGCGGCACUGUGGCAGUGGCGGAAGUGGUAGGGGUGACUGUGCGUUGUAUAGCGUUGUGACGUGGGGACAGGCAGUGCUGCUGGUGCUUACUUUCACCGGGCAUGUAUGGUUGACUACGUCGUUGGCCAUGGCGGGCGCUGUAGGGCGACCGCUAGGUGGGGAGCCGCUCACUGGGACGUGGGCUGGGACGUGCUCGGGGAUUUCGUAAUGAUACGUGCGUGUGUAUGCGGUGGGGUGGGUGGGUGGGUGGGUGGGUGGUGGGUGGGCGGUGCUGGGUCGUGUGGGUGCGGGUGCGUGAAUGGAGUGUGGGCGGGGCGACACGUCUGGCCGUUUGCUGUAACAGUGUAACAUAACAUGGUGUGCAGCAAGAGGAGUCCACUCCAAGACGCUGCUGAAAGCACAUCCGGGCUCCGUGCUUCUCCGCGCUCUGAUGGCCGAAGCCACGGACCGACGGACCGACUGGGAGAGCAUGGAUCAGAGCGUGUCAUAUGCCACUGUCGCGGUAACGGCCCACAGUCCGCAGACACUCAGUUUACGAAAGUGUGUCAUGUCCGCCACGUGUAACAGUUUCCGCGAUGACCCCGGUUCCACCGUCGGCCGAGCACCCAAUUGCAUUUUGCUAGGGAUGCCUCAGGAGACGCUGGUCGCGAGGCCAGCCUUAACGACGCCAUGCCCCCAAGCUUAUGUCAGCCAUGAUGUGAUGAUGAGGUCGGGCGAGAGGUUAGCCUGGAUGAGAAGAGAUGCUGCAUGAGAAGGUUGGUGCAUGAAGAGAUGGGUGCAUGCGUCAAAGGGCGGUUUGGAAAGCUGUGUGGGUCGCGGGCUCGUGUCCUUCGUGUCGGGGUUCGCAGCGCAACUGCCGCCCUACCGGCCGCCAGCCACAGAGGAGACCGAAUGCUUAAAGUAAAUGUCAAUUGCAUUUUGGUUUUGUAAAUUAUAUUCAAC